AUGUCAGGCGAAGAAGAGUCAAGUAAACGACGUAGAGUGGCUAGAGCUUGUGAUGCUUGCAGAAGGAAAAAAGUUCGAUGUGAUGGUGUUCAACCUGGUUCCGAUCCUCCUUCUUGUACUAACUGCAAAGUUUAUAAACAAGAAUGCUCUUACAUUGAUGCUCCUAAAAAGCGAGGUCCUCCAAAAGGUUAUAUUGAAGCAUUAGAAACAAGGCUUCAAAGAAUGGAAUCCGUUCUUGGAAACUUGGUACAAUCCGGCAAUUUACCUGAAAGUGUAAUUAAUUCAAAUCUCGAAUGGAUUAAUAUUAAUGAAAGUAGCUUUAGAGAUAAUACCGCUGAUUCUCCAAAUAGUGAUUUAUGCCUUACGAAAUCUCGUAAUUCUCCUAAUGGUCAUGAUAGUGAUUCCGAUGAGAGUUUAUCAGGUGAAAGCAACAAUUAUGAUUUAAAUAAUAGUAUGGGUUCACUUGCAAUCGAUGACAGUGGCCAUACAAAAUAUAUUGGACACAGUUCUGGUAUAUUCUUGAUAAAAAAAUUCGCUACAAGUAUCCUUCAGCAGGAAGGUCUUGUCCGACAAGAUUUGAGUAAUUACUUAUCAAAAAGACCUAAGCAAAAUAUAGAUGUGUCAUCAUAUGCUUCAAAAGAAUUGUGUGAUAAAUUAUUAGAUACUUAUUGGAGAGAGAUUCAUUCUUUCAUGCCUUUCAUUGAUAAAGAAGAUUUCAUGGAAAAAUAUAAUAAGUUGGAUGAAAAUCCUUCUUUGAAUGUACUCCUUUUUGCCAUGUUUGCUGUUGCUUCUAGAUUUCUUCACAUUCCUGAAGUCUAUAAAGAUCCUAAAGAUCCAUCUUCUGCUGGUGAUACUUUCGCUGAACUUGUAAGAGAUUUGCUUAAAGAUGAAUUCGAUAAUGCAACUAUACCAAAUAUUCAAGCACUUAUACUAUUAGCUGGGCAUCAACAAGGUGAAAAAAAUUCUAAUACAUGGUUGUAUCAUGGUUUAGCUAUUCGUCUCGCUCAAGAUAUGGGAUUACAUCGUGAUGUAUCAAAAUGGAAUCUUCAUGGCCUUGACGCAAGACAAAUUGAAAUUAGAAAGCGUGUAUGGUGGGCCUGUGUUUUGUCCGAUAGAUUAGUAAGCGCUGCGUUAGGUCGGCCUCUCGCUAUUAGUGAGAGUGAUUGCGACGUCGAUUUACCUAUUUACGGAUUGAUACCCGGUGAUCCCCCUUUCGAAGCAUGGACUGAGACGAUUAAGAUUGGUUUAAUACUUGGACGUGUGCUUUCUCAUGUUUAUAGUAUCAAGACUCGACAUAGUGCGAACGUUAGUAAUGGUCCUUGUUUGUUAUCUGCGUUGGAUGGAGAAUUAACUGAAUGGAGAGAAAAACUACCAAAAGAACUUCAAUUCGACUAUUCAAAUCUUUCUAUCGUGCUUAGUGAUCCAAUUAACAAAAAGAAAUUAUUCGUUCAUCUAGUCUAUUAUACAACUCAAAUUCUUUUACAUCGUCCUCAUAUUCGUAGUCCAAAAUCUAAAACUCCUUCAUCCAUUCCAUCAUUGACCAUAUGUACCAAGGCUGCGAAUCACAUCUCUCAUAUCAUGUAUCGUUUAAUGAAAGAAGGGAUGUUACAACGUUCAUGGCCAACCUUGAUUUAUUUUUUCUUUACCGCUGCUACUAUGCAUUUAAUAAAUGCUCUUAGUGGUGAUGAUCGAUUCAAAGAAGUUGCUAAACAUGGUCUUAGGAUGGUGCUAAAAUGCUUAGAUUAUUUGAAACCUUAUUGGUAUGCCGCUGAUAAGUGUUCUAACUUAAUGAGCCGUUUGCUUAAAUCUAGAAAUAUUAAUCUUGAUGGUGCUUAUGAUGAUAAUGUAUCUAAUGGAAAACAUACAUCUAAAAAAAGACGUUCUGCAUAUCAACCUACAAUGGCCUGUUCUGAAGCCGAACAUUUUUUUAAACCUUCAAUACUCAAUGAAAUUCCACACACCAAUUUAACUUCACCUCAUACUCCUUCAACACCACCAUCGGUUCCAAGUCAAAUAAACGCAACACCUACUUCAAUUCAAGAAUAUAGUGCUGCGAUGAGACAACAUGUUGUUAAUCGCGUUUCUUCAACUAUUGAUGAAGCUCAACCAACUAGUUAUGAACAAACUUCCUCUCCUGGUUCUGAAAAUUCAGCUUCAAGUUUUACAUUUAAUGAUUUCUCAAUGAACGUAGAUAAUGAAUUAUUUCUUCAAAAUAUUGAUUCCUUCAUUCCAGAAGUUUCAUCACUUCUGUAUAAUGAUAACGAAAAUAUUCCAUUUUUACCUGUGGAUUUUAAUAAUCUUAACGAUUUGGAAAAUUAUAUGAUGGGAUUACAACCUUCUAAUAUGAAUGACCAUAUAUUUUCAAAUUCUUUAGAUUUUUCUCCAAAUAGUGUUGUUGAAACAUCAACAAAUAGGUUGGGUUAG